AUGUACAGCCAUGCCGCCCCUUCUGCUACCCAGCCGCAGGACCUCCCGCCGCUCAUCCGCAAGCAGCCGACAACCACCCUGGCUUCUUCGGUCAUGAUGCUUGUCGCGUCCGGCGGCGGCGGCGGAGCGUCGUACUACAACGGCGUCUGGAAGAAUACCUUUCUAGCCGAUGAGACGGCUGCCAUCUACUGCCCUCUUUCAGCUCUAGCGGGAGCGCGGUGCAGACCGGCGAGUGCAGGCGCACCAUCACCACAACGGAGUGGUAUCACAGCUGCGGCACCUCAGGCUACGCGCCCCUCAGGGUCACCGGCGUCGGGAGCCAGCCCCACGGUCGGCCUCGUCGACGUGACCGCCGGCUCCACGACGACGCGCCAGUCGGGUACCGUGCCCUUUGGCGGCAUGACUGCCGGCGCGCCGACGCUGCAGCUCAACUUUCGCCCCCAAGAUGUCGGCUCGACCUCGUCCACCGCAGCCAGCGCCACUGACAGCAGCAGCGACACUAAAUCUUCCUCCUCUUCUUCUUCUCCGAGUCUCGGAGGCGGCGCCAUUGCCGGCAUCGUCGUCGGCAUCGUCGUCCUGCUAGCCGCGGUCGGCGCCGCGCUGCUCUUCUUCAUCCUGCGACGGCGCCGACGACGUGGUGACGAGACCAAGACGGACGGCCACGUGCUAGACGGGAAGGACAGCAGCCCAGCCUCCGCGGCCAACGGCGGUGGCUAUGAAAAGGCGGAGCUGGCGGGCAGCGGUGCGCAGACGCACACGGAGCUCGACACCCAGCAAUCGCAACCACAUCCCUUUGAGCUGGAAGGCAGCAGCGCUCAGCCGACACAUUACGUCGAAAUGGACAGCCCCGAUCAUCCGCAAGAACUCCGACAGAGAUGA